UUCUACAUUUUAUGAUCGACGAUCUAAUGGCAAAAGCAAGCAAGACGCGUGCGCCUUACGAAUAGUCACGAUCACGCUUGCCGAGAAAUUUGGCGAAUGAACGAUGAGGCACGAGUAUAGUCGCCCAUUCGGGCGUGGUUUGGAUACGACAUUUAAGACGAUUUCAGGUAAGUCUCUGAGUGAAGAGACUCAGACUAAAAGAAGCAAUCAUCGGAGUAAUACCAAGGUUAUUCUGGGAACAUAAAAAAAUAUGCUUUACUAUCGAACGAAGAACGAUCUACCUAUCUGCGGAAUACUGAAAAUCGAAUAGAACAACACACGUUUAGUCAGCGAGGACGCUACUGUCUUCUAGUCAUAAGGAGCCAUUCAAAAUUAAAUGGCACGUCGGAGAACAGUGACGUCACGACUAGAACGUCACGUCGCGGGGGCAUUGGAUCCUCGUCACGUUGCAUUAUUAUAUUGAUUAUUUGAAUAUUUAGAAGAAAUGUUUUGCUUCAAGAAAGAUACGGAUAGAAAAACGUAAAAUGAAAAACUGAACUUAUUUUUAAGUGGAGAAUAGUGCCAUGCAGACCCGCCUAGAUGGGAAGCUGGCGUUACUUUAUACGUUGUUGGUUUUACAAGUUCUUAUUGUUAUGGUUUAUGUUGUAACAACUCCACCAUCUGAAAUAGUUGUUGCCAGUACGCGUAGCUCUGUCAGUUUUGUUAACUUUGAAGAAACUCAGGGUCAUCAUACAGAACGAACAAUACACAAAAGACUUCCAAAAUAUCAGACAAUCAGCGGUGAGACAUACCUAAAUGAUAUCAGAACUUUUAAAUUAUUUCGAAUAUACAAUCAUACUACAUGCUGGAAGCAUGGAGUCGAUGAUCGUAAAAUGGGGAUUAAUGAAAUCUCUGAAAAAUGUAUUUGUAAUCAAGGUUGGCAUGGGACAGACUGUGGACAACCUGAAGUGGUGUGGAGAGCAAUCAUGGCAUCUAAGCAAAAUAUUAAAUUGAAACAUCGUAAAAUAGCUAGACGCAUAAUUCAUACUUUUUACUUGAACGAAUAUAAUUCGGCAAUUGCAGAAGUUAUUGUAGAAGAACUAUACGAUGUAGUUGACCUUUUUGUAAUUUGUGAUUUUAAUGGUGCAGAAGAUAAUUUUCAUCAUAAGUUAUCUAAAGGAUUGUUGCAGCGGGAACAAAAAAAGAUUUUAUAUAUUAAUGCAGCAACAAAAUCUCGCAAACCAUCGAGAGUACUAUCUAAGUACAUAUGGGAGAAAGUAAAGACUGCCGUGCAGAAUUUAAGAGAUGAUGAUAUUUAUGUAAUGACUGAGCCAGAGCAAAUAUUAAAUUCUAGAGCACUGAUGUUCCUUAAAGUAUACGAUGGAUGGCCUCAGCCCAUAGGCUUCAGGUUAAGAUGGUUGAUCUAUGGGUUUUAUUGGCAACAUCCGCUUAAAACAACAAUAACUCUUAACGCAUGUACUAUCGGAUUAAUGCAUGAAGCUUAUAAGUCAAAUUCUAUAAUUCUGCAACAACAAUUAUUGGAAGAAACGAGCGAAAGAGAUGUUCUUGGAUUAGUAAUUGGAGAUUUAAAUCAUUACGGAGGAUGGUAUUGUUAUCUAUGUCAAGCUCCAGCCAAUAUUAUAAUAAACCUUCGUAAUACAAACAAAUCUAACAAAAUGCCAAAAAUUGAGAAAAGGAUCGAUGUUCCUUUUAUAGAAGAUCUUAUAGGAAGUGGAUUAUGGAUAGAUGGUAAAACUAAUCUCCUAAGGGUCUCAAAAUCUCAUGAUCUGUAUUUUGCUCCUGAAACUGUACUCAAUAACACAUGGAAAUAUGACUGGCUGAUAGAAAAUUUUUACGCUAAGUUAGACUACUAUUGAGACACUGGUCAUACUCUGACUGUGAUAUUACUUCAUACUCAUUACUCAGCAUAUAUUGUAUAAUAUUAUAUACUGAAUUUAUAUACUAAAAUACUAUGUUGAUUAAAAUAUGAAUGUUAAAUGAUUUAUACAUAUAUAACUUAUAAAGAAAUGAAUGGCCUAUAUAA